CAUGUGCAGUGGCAGACCACAACAAAAAUGGCGUAAAUCGCUUUAUUGUCAAUGUUAGUAAAAUGUACAAAAAAUAAAUAUGUUUUCCUCAAUUAUGUUGUUGUUAAUUAGUGUUAUAUUAUUUAUUUUCACACCUGAAACAUGUGUAUCAGAAGUGCUCCCCUCCCCCUCGUCUCUGUAUCUCUACAGUCCCGGCUCGCUGGACUUCACAGACGUGAUAGUGAAACGGGUCGGUGACAACCUGACGCUGAUAUGUGAGAUGCGAGGUGAUACUCCACCUCCUGCGUAUUUUGUGUGGAACUACAUGGCUGCCAAUGAUAGCCUCGCUGCUGAAAGUCCUCCGUACUCAUUAUGGAGUAACGGCACAAUAAGUCAGCUGAACCGCACCUCUAUAACGGAGGCAGAUAGCGGCCGGUAUUUCUGUGCCGCGCCGCCUCACAGCCAGGCCAAAUAUGUACUGGUGCAGCCACAAGGCGGGAGACUAUGUGCGUCGACCGCGCUUCGUUGCGGGUCUCGCUGCGUGCUCGCGACAAACGUUUGUGAUGGCAGACCGGACUGUCUGCACGCAGAAGAUGAGGACGAAGAGCUGUGCGGAGUCAGGCCUUGUGACCGUCCGGACCGCCUGAACUGCUCGAUGGGUAGAUGCAUUCCCGUGGGCGCGUGCUGCCUCACUCCGCACCCGCUGUGCCGGCAACAUUCUUGCUGCGCAGCGCAUACCAACAGAGGUUUCGACUUAGAAUGGAUACCUCCGUUCGAAGAUCGUCGCGCCCCAGACGACUACGGGUUCAUACAGUCCACUAUAUAUACAGUUACUGCUUGCGCCCUGAUCUUCAUGAUAGCGGUAGUUUUGUUAGUCUCCGCUAUAUGCAAGAUGCACAUGAAGAGAGCCGCGCUACGACACUAUGCCAGGCCGGAUACGAGAUAUAACAUCAAUCUGGGUGUACAGCGUCACCGAUUCCCGCCUUGUUACGAAGCCGCGGACCUGUUGGAGCAGGCUGCCCACGACCCUCCCAGUCCAUUGAACGACGCCAGGUGUACGGAGCAGCUGUCAUCUCCCAGCCCCACACAUAGCGAGUGCCGGAACACAAGACUUUCGGCGCUAGCUUCCGUAUUCAGUUCCCGGUAUCGACAGGUACCCACUCAGUGCACCGAAGUGGAAAUGGUAGCGGUGUCCCCACCCGCCCCGCCCUCCCCCAUCAACAGUGGGGCCGACGGAGUCAACGAUAGGCACAGAUUGACACUACAAUUAGGGAGAUUCCAUCUAAGCAUUCCAUCUUUCCGACGAGACCCACGCCCGGACACGCCUAACGUGGCCGAAAUCAACAUAGACGAUCUAGAUUUCGUACGACUAAACACUAACGACACGUACACAUUGAACGGUAGAACAAUCCGUCUGUUGAACGGAAAUUUCGAGAACAUUCCAGUAUUGAACAAUCCGCCACCUUACAACGAAGCCAUGAGGUAUAAACUUUACGGCCCGCCACCCGAGUAUUUAUCUAGCGAUCGGUUGAAUAGGAAUACAAGUGAAGAGAGGGCCAGAAGUAAUAUCGAAUUGCCACCGGGCUAUGAAGAGCUGGGUGUUAAUGGCACCGAUGCGGUUGGGGAAGCGUCGAAUUUGCCAGGAUCUAGCUUUUAUUCCGCUAACGCUAGCAGCGGGAAUUGUUCCAGAAUGAUUUCUGGAAGUUUGGCUACGAAUGCUGAAAAUUUGUCUGAGAAUGUUGAAAAUACACCCGUCGCAAAUGUUGGUAAUGUGUCUGGAAAUGUUGGGAAUGCGUCUGGAAAUGUUGGGAAUGCGUCUGGAAAUGUUGGGAAUGCGUUUUCAAAUAUUGAAAAUGCGUCUGGCGUUGUUGGGAGUGCGUCUACAAAUGUUGGAAAUACGUCUGAUAAUAUUGAUAACCCCAUUGAAAAUGUUAUCAAUGCCAAUGAGAAUAUUGGAGAUGCAAAUGUUAGGAAUAACAUCACAAAUAUUGACAACGGUCCAACUAACAGAAAUCGAGUAUUAUCAUUAACAAAUAUUGAUAAUACCACAAACAGUACAGUUUCAAAUAUAGACAACGCUUCUAUCGACGUAUCUAAUAACGCAAGUUGCGAUACGAACAACGGAAAUGCCAACGUUAACGGAAACAGCACGAUCAACGUAACGGAAGAAGAUGGUAACAACAACGAAACAUUGAACUCUGUCAUAGACAAUCUACCGGCCAUAGACAGCGAUGUGAAUGCAAACGACGAAGUGAUCGGAGCUUAUGUUGUCGCGUAAAGCCGCCAUCUUGCCAUAAGGUCGGUAUUUAAAGAAUACAUAACUAUGUUUGGUCAAAACUUGGUUUAUUUCAAGUUCUUAAAGUCUGUUAAUGUGAAUUAAAUGCGCACUCGUUUUUCUUCUUUAUUUUAUCAUAAAGACUUAUUUAGUAAAUUUAUUUUUUAGUUUAUAGCAGUCAUGUUUCGAUGACGCUUUGUUGACAAAAUAAUUUGUUGUUCAAAAAUAAAAAAAAUCAGUUUUGUUAUUCUUGGUGUUUAACUAAAUGUUGUUUUAAAUGCUUCCAAAUAAAAUGUUUGAUUUUCCAAGACUAUUUACUAAAUAAGUCAAGAAAGAAAAAUAGUUUUAAGUAAGGUAGAGGCACCAAUGAUCGAUCUUUUCUUCUGUGAUCAAUUGAAAUAGGAGUUGUUAGUUUUUAUAGCUCGGUGUUACCAUAUUUAGUGAUCAGUUCUAUUGUAAUUAAACCUGUAGCGCCAUCUUGAUGUUGACUUACAAAUAAUGUACUCGUCACUAUUAAAUACCUUUAUAAUUUAAUUUUUGCCGGUUUUACCUCCAUUGCUCUUAUUUUCGUCUUUUAAAAUCUACUGUAAUCAAUAAACCUCUUAAAAAUAUACUUAGUUUAAUUGCUUUUAUAUUAAAAAUAGUUUCAGUAAAUAAAACAAGUUUCAACGGGUUAGAUGCGCUAAUUUUAUUUAUUUAUUUGACGUUUUCUCGGAAUAUCAUUAUUCCGACGACGCAUUUCUGGGGGCCAAUCGCCUAACGGAAAUGCUUUGGAAAACGUUAACGCCUUCGAUUUUAUUUAAUUAUUUCUGACCGCCGAAGGUUUUCAAAUACCUCACGCUCAUUUUCUUUAAUAUUGUUAUUAUCAAUGCAAAAGAAAAAAAAAGCGCGGGGCAUUCGAAAACCUCAGGCGGCUAGAAAUAACAAAAUAAAAUCGUAAGCGUUAUCGUAGGCGAAUGGUCCCCUGCAAAGGAUUUGUAACGUCAAUAAAGAAAUAAAACCGUUGAAAUGAGUGAUGGGCGUGACAACCUAAGGAAUAAAUAGCUUCAGUACUCUUCUGUUCAUUGAUCAUAGAAAAGAAUGUCGAUCAUCGAUUCUCACCGGUCAUUGGUACAACUACCUUAUGUAUUAUAUAAUUAUUUUGGCUGCUCAUUGUCUAGUCACCGUGAGCGUUGUAAAGAUCUUAAAGUUUAGAGUAUUCGACUUAAUUUAUAUAUAGUAGUAACUAUAUCGAACAACAAAUAAAUUGUUUUAAUUAAUAAAACAUAAAACUGGGAGCUGUUGUUGACAUAUGACGUCACAAGUCCGUAUUGCUGUCCUUGUCUGAUUAAACCUUUCCGAUCAAAGGGAAAGCGCAAUUUUGUGUAUUUAUUACUAAAAUAUUUUGUUUUAAUUGAUAAUAUCACUCAAAAAACUGAAAACUGUCGACGUGUGACGUCACAAGACAGUAUUGCUGUCCUUGUCUGAUUAAACCUUUCCGAUAAAGGGGAAAGCGCAAUUUCUUGUAUAUUUCACUAAAAUUUUCGUUUUAAUUGAAAAUAUCAGUCAAAUACUCUUAUUACUGUGCUACAAUUAAAAAUUUCGUCUUAUUAGAUAAAGCUGAAAUUUAGUUUAUUGGUUAUUAUUCAUGUAUUGUUUUUUUAUUAUUAUAUAAAUAAACUUGUUAAGAAUUUAUCGAUAUCGCUGGUUCGAUGGCCCACCUCUAAUACUCAAGGGCGUUAAUUGAAUUGAAAUUAGUUUAACACAAUGUAUUUUGCUAGAUCAUAGUGCCUUAGAAAAAAACAAAAUAUAUAACUAACAUAGGUAACGGUUAAUAGUUAAAUAAGAUUAAUAAAUAAUGUUAGAAUUGUACAUUUUUAGAUAUUUUAAAAAGCUUAAUUUGACAAAUUGUUUGACAAACCUUUUCACGCCUUUACAAGCUUAGAAAUCUGCUAGUUGAAUUGUUAAUCAUAUUUCCAAGCACAUUUAGCGUUUCAUAUAACAUAUCCAUAUUAUAGAACAACACGCAAUGUUAUAACUUGAAAAUUCUUCAAACGAUUUUCAACCUUAAUGGCUGGAUUCAAAGUUUAAAGUCGAUUGUAGAAUUACAAUUUCUGUUGCCCAUAUAUUUAUCACAAUUUUAUUAAUUGCAAUUCACAGUAUGUGUAGAAAUUCGAUGAAGUGUGAAAGUUUUCGUCUGGAGACUUGCCUAUUCGUAUUUGCUAUUCGUAUAUUUGAUAGAAGUUUAUACUUUUUAUGCUCUACAGUCCCUGGUCUGUAAAUGGCAGAUUUCUGCCAAUGUCAAAAAACCCCUGUCUCUGGAGAGCAGAUUUCUGCCGCGAGUUGAUAAAAUUAUUUUCAUUUUUCAUAUUUUUCGUUUUAUGUAUGAAUUUACACAUCUAAUAUAUAGAUAAGUCUGUAGAGAAACUAUCCAGGAUUGAUUUAAGACAUAAAUGAAGCCUGGAUGUACAGAAGAACUCGAAUAAUAACAGGAAAAUUGACCGGAAAUUAAAACCGUCCAUGACUAACAAAAUAGGGGGGGGUUUGAGCGCCAUAUUGCUUACACAUUUGAGGGGAUAUUUAAUGAAAGGGAGAGACUGAUGUCAAAUUUACAAAUAGCGAAUACGGAAAUCCAUGUGAAGUGCAAGCGUGACAGUGGUGACGUCACAACAUCGCGGUUUGAUUUUAGACAUAAAUCUCUAAUAAUAAUAUUCUAAAGAUUGUGUCAUAUCGACUUAUGCUUACAAGAAGUAUUGUGGAAUGAUAUUUCAUUCAUUUUGAUUUUAAAAAUUAUUUCUCUAUGACAAUUAAUAAUAUUAUUUAAGUAUUCGGUUUUCGGCCGAAUAUAAUAAAAGCAGCCGAAUAGUAACCGAAUAUUCGUUGCAUGUCUAAUAUAUAUAUCUAAUAUAUAAGGGUAUGGUCGCCAAAAAUUGUACAAAUAUCAUUUUCGUUUUGUCCCCAUUUUAUUUUUCUCAUAAUUUCGAAGUUAUUUGAUAAAUGUCAUUUGUUGAACAUUGUUCUGAAUGACGAGCUUCUGUUUAGAUUAUUUUGACGAAAUGUAACCUACCAUCCCUAAAAAAUAUAUGUAAAAAAAAUAUAAUUUAAAAGGUAGUGCUUUCACUCCCAUACAAAAAUUGUUUGUCCAACUACCACCUUUGUAUCAAAAAUUGCCAAUAAUUCCGAAAAAAAAUAGUUUUUUUCUAAUUAUUAAAUUGUACUCAUGCUUUAUGAUAGUUUCUCAAUGUGUUUCUAAACGUGCUUAUUAAAAUAGCGAUUCAGUUACAUAUUUAAUCGUUUUUAAAAAAGUGUCCAAUUUUAUGAUGAGUGUGUAACGUCAUGAAUGUAACGUUUGUUUCUACCAGUUUCCUUUAUGUGAUUUGAUAUUUUUUGCUAUUUUCUUAAACUGCAACACUAUUAAGCAAGAUACAACAUUCAGAAAUAAAAAUCGGCCAUAUUUUUCCGAAUAAAAAUCGUAAUUUGUGUUGACUUCAGAUUUGUCGCCAAUAAAUAUUGUUUUUUGUAUGUUUCAUUGCAAGGUAAGUACUGCUUGUUGUGGUAUACUGUUAACGUGUUUAGAAAGAUGUAUUAUCACAGAAAACGGUAACCCUACGUCACAAUCCGUAGUUGUUUGCAGUUAAAUGAUAUUUGAAUUUUAGGUCAUGUCGCACGCUUUUUUGUGUCAUGAAUGUUACAAUGUGUAACGAAAUGUGUAACGUUACAAUCAUGACCGAUUCUAAGGCGGAGAUUACACUAUUUUACUUAAAAUAUAACCUUACCGCGACUUCGUCAGAGUUAACUUUGGUUUUUUGAGAAUCCUUUGAAUGUUUAUAUGUUCGUUACUCAAUCACGCAAAAACGGC